GGCAGAAGCUCACGGCUCCGAGGCGCACACUCUCUUGGCCAGGGAUGGGUCCCGGGGCGGCCCAGCCCCUGACCGGCCCGCCGGGCAGAGACUGAAUUGCAGGUCCCCAUCGGUCCAGCGUAUAACCAGGGAGAGGGAGGCACGGACCGAUCGCCAGUAGCCUCCCGGCGGGACCUCGCGUUCUGCGCACCCCGAGCAGCGCUCCCAGCCGGAGCCGCGCCGGGCAAGCCGGCGAGGGAGCGGGGCUGAUUGGCGGCCGCCGGCGGCCGGGGGAGGGGGCGCCGCGCGGGACCAUGGCAGGCUCGGAGGCGUCCUAGCCCGAGCCCGAGCCGGAUCCGAGCCCGAGCUGCCACCACAGCCGCCUCUCCGCGCCCGCGCUCCCGUCGCCGCCGCGCCCCCUGCGGGAGAUGGAACAGAGGAACCGGCUCGGUGCCCCCGGAUACCUGCCGCCGUUGUUGCUGCACGCCCUGCUGCUCUUCGUGGCCGACGGUGAGCGCGGGAACUUUGCUGCCGCUGGUGGCUCGGGGGUCCUUGCCGGGGUCGCCAGAGCCAGCCUGCCCUGGUCGUCGAGGAGGAGGAGGAGGAAGAAAAGGGGAAGGCUUCACAGUCUCCAGCAAUCCCGGUGUGCAACCCGGGCCCGGCGGGGUAGAGGGUGGAGAGAGGCGAAGGGUCGCCGCAUCGCUGGCGCCCGCGCCCAGGUCGUUCGGAGCCGGAUCGGGGCUCCAACUGCGGACAGGCGGCUUGCGGGGUGCCGGGAGUUGGCGCGCCCCAGCCUGGCCCUGGUAGUGCGGCCAGGCGCGGGGAAGAAGCGUAAACCGCCCCUGCUGCCCCUCGCGAUCUGGAGGGAAGCAGCCUGCAGCGGUAGCCGGUCUCCCCUGCGGCCCGGCAGCUGCUCGACCGAACUUUGCCAGCGCCUGGGCCACACGAGUAGCUGGGGGGUGGGAAGCACACGGCCAAGCGAGCCGGGGACCGACAGUCUCGCCUGGGGUUGCCCCAGGCCUCCGCCCCACAGCUGGUCACGCCUCUCUCUUCCCCCGCCCCCAGCUACAUUUACUGAAGUCCCCAAAGAUGUGACAGUACGGGAGGGAGACGACAUCGAAAUGCCCUGCGCGUUCCGAGCUAGCGGAGCCACCUCGUAUUCGCUGGAGAUUCAGUGGUGGUACCUCAAGGAGCCUCCCCGGGAGCUGCUGCACGAGCUGGCGCUUAGCGUGCCCGGCGCCCGGAGCAAGGUAACAAAUAAGGAUGCAACUAAAAUCAGCACCGUGCGAGUCCAGGGCAAUGACAUCUCGCACCGGCUGCGGCUGUCGGCCGUGCGGCGGCAGGACGAGGGCGUCUACGAGUGCCGCGUGUCGGACUACGGCGACGACGACACGCAGGAACACAAGGCCCAGGCGCUGCUGCGCGUGCUCUCGCGCUUCGCGCCGCCCAACAUGCAGGCCGCCGAAGCCGUGUCCCACAUUCAGAGCAGCGGCCCGCGUCGCCACGGUCCCGCCAGCGCCGCCAAUGCCAACAACGUCAGCGCAGCGGGCCGCGCCAUCUCGGAGUCUGGCCAUGGUGACAAGAGCCCGCCUCCCGGGAGCCCUACCGCCGCCCUGGGUCCCGAAGUCCCCGAUUCCACCGCCAAUUCCGCGGCCUACGCAGCCGCCACCACCGUCGCGGCCGCGACCGCUUCUUCGUCAGCGUCGCCGCCACCCCGUGAGGCGGUCCUUCUGCGCCAGAGGCACGGCUCGGGCACUGGCCCUAACUACGCCACAGACCCGCUCCUGUCCCUGCUCCUGUUAGCUGUACAUAAGUUCCUCCGCCUGCUAGUGGGCCCCUGACAGACUCACCAUCCUGCGCUCCUGAGUGGGCCCGCGUGGCUGCCAGCCCCUGGGUGAGGACUGCGUCGCCAGACAGACGCAGACAGACUCAGAGAAGCAUGACCAAGUCCACGUGGAAAAUAAAUAAAUCAUAUUUUUGGGGAAGUUACACAAAUGUAGACCACCUAAAAUAAUGCAUCUAGUUUCCAAAUAAGAUGGAGUUUGGACCAUGCAGUAUGCAUGGGAUCAGUGAUUUCUCUAUUUUAAUGUAUUUUUCUUUUCUAAACUUUUCCUCCAAGUCUUCAUUUUGCACGAACUGUUGAGCAGUUAUCUUUAGGAUACUAGGUAAAAAUGUUGGGUCAAAGCCUUUCUGACAAAGCAAAAUAUUUUUAGUAGAUUAAUGUGUUUAGGAAAUUUUUAAUUUACUUUUUCCUUUGAGGGCUUUUCUCUUUUUUUAUUAAAGUAAAUUAUUUCUUUUGAGACAUUUUGAUUUAAAAAAAAAGAUACAUCUUAUCAUAAUUAAAAUUCACUGUCAAUAAUAUUUAUUUUUAAAUAAAGAUUGGAAACAAGGUCAGACACUUGUUUAUAAACUGUAUUGUAUAAUGCUGAAUAACAGUUGAAUAAAAAACAACUUUGAAAUAA